AAUAAAUGGACAUUUAGCUUUGAGCGAGAAGUUCAAUAAUUGCGCGCUUGAUGGCACUGCCGUCGAUCGUUGUUAGCGCCACGAAGUUGAUUUCUAAUCUAUUUGCUUUUUCCACGUCUGUGUGUGUUCAUUUCCUAAUGCCGCCGGUUCAAAGAGUCAAAACAAACCCGUGUGACUAUUCGCAACAGUAUUUUUAUUUUACGUAGCAGUUUUACUAUCCGUUCGAGAUGAGUCGAAGGAAAAGAGCUAAGGUAGAGUAUAGAGAGAUGGAAGAAAAAUAUAAUCAAUUAGAAGAUGAAAAUGCUUCGGAUACUUCAGAAAAAUCCAAAACUGGUCUUGUUACGCCAGAGAAGAAGAUCAUUAGUGAUAUAAAAAAAGAAUCCGAUCCAGUGUUAUCCGUGCCAGCAUCGUCUGCACCAAAAGUCGAAGUAAAAGAAGAAGAGGAUCAGGAUAGCGAUCACGAAGAUCCACAUGUAAAAGAAUUAUUGAAUGGCUUGGAAGGCGCAGCUUUCCAGAGCCGUCUUCCAUUUGAUAAAUUAACGUCUACCGAAGCAGCAUGUUUCCCUGAUGUAUCUGGAGGGCCACCUCAAACGCAAAAAGUAUUUCUACAUAUUAGAAACAGGCUUUUGCAAUUAUGGCUUGAAAAUCCAAAGCAACAAUUAAUAGUUGAAAAUGCCUUACCGGCCAUAGAACCGCCUUAUAACAGUGAUACUUUACUCGCUCGUCGAAUUCAUUCCUUUUUAGAACGUUACGGUUUUAUUAAUUUUGGUGUUUUUAAACGUUUAAAGCCAUUACCUACUAAGAAAUUAGGUAAAGUUAUAGUGAUAGGUGCAGGAAUAGCAGGUCUAGCUGCAGCUCAACAAAUGCAACAAUUUGGCUUAGAAGUAAUCGUAUUAGAAGCAAGAGAUCGCGUAGGUGGAAGAAUCGCAACGUUUCGUAAAUCGUCUUAUAUCGCUGAUUUGGGAGCUAUGGUAGUUACAGGUUUAGGAGGUAAUCCAGUAACGACUCUUAGCAAACAAAUCAAUAUGGAGCUUCAUAAAAUACGACAGAAGUGUCCUUUGUACGAAAGUGACGGUCAAACGGUUCCAAAAGACAAAGAUGAGAUGGUUGAACGAGAGUUUAAUAGAUUAUUAGAAGCUACGUCUUAUUUGUCGCAUCAAUUAGAUUUUAAUUACGUAGGCAACGCUGGAUCAGGAGGGCAAGGUGCCAAUACACGGCCGGUAUCAUUAGGUCAAGCAUUAGAAUGGGUGAUACGUUUGCAGGAACAAGGCGUUAAACAAAGACAAGUUGCGCAUUUACGUUCGGUUCUUUCUUUACAAGGAAGAUUAAUUACCAAUCAGCAUAGGAUGAUACAGAUUAUGGGUCGUUUAACAGAAUUAAAUAAGCAAUACAAAGAAAUGUCGGAAAGUAAAGUACAAACAAGAGACAUCACGCAAGAAUUCGUUUGGCGUUCGAAGUUACGCGAUCUUCACAAUGCAUGCAAAGAGUGGGAUCAAUUAGCGGAACAACAAAAGGAGAUCGAAGCGAAAUUACAAGAGUUGGAAGCAUCUCCGCCAAGCGACGUGUACUUGUCGUCGAAGGAUCGUCAAAUCUUGGAUUGGCACUUCGCAAACUUGGAAUUCGCGAAUGCAACGUCCCUGUCGAAUUUGAGCUUGAAACAUUGGGACCAGGACGACGAUUUCGAGUUCACUGGAAGUCAUCUGACCGUUCGCAACGGAUAUUCCUGCGUACCUGUUGCUCUCUCGGAAGGACUCGAUAUUCGAUUGAACACAGCUGCAAGGGCCGUUCGGUACGGAGUAAAUGGCGUAGAAGUAUGGGCCGCACCCUCUCGCAGCCUCCACACAAAUCAUACCGUCUAUAAAGCCGACGCUGUUUUGGUUACGCUGCCACUCGGCGUUCUUAAGGCUUCCGCUCCACCCUCCGCGGUUGCUUUCAACCCUCCGCUUCCGGAUUGGAAGUCUCAAGCCAUCCAGAGGCUCGGCUUUGGCAAUUUAAAUAAGGUAGUAUUAUGCUUCGAACGAAUCUUUUGGGAUCCAACGGCGAACUUGUUCGGGCACGUGGGUAGUACGACCGCCUCGAGAGGAGAACUCUUCCUGUUCUGGAACCUGUACAAAGCGCCGGUCCUGUUGGCCCUCGUCGCUGGAGAGGCAGCCUGCGUAAUGGAGAAUGUCAGCGACGACGUUAUCAUUGGUCGCUGUAUCUCGGUCCUCAAGACGAUCUUUGGCAACCAAGUAGUCCCGCAGCCCCGAGAGAGUGUCGUUACAAGAUGGCGUGCGGAUCCUUGGGCCCGUGGCUCCUACAGUUUCGUCGCAGUCGGCAGCUCCGGAAGUGAUUACGAUCUCCUUGCGGCACCGGUAGCACCACCAGCGCCACCCAAUUAUCCCCCGGGCACACCGUCGCCUCAACCAAGGGUCUUCUUCGCAGGAGAACAUACGAUCCGUAAUUAUCCGGCAACUGUGCACGGUGCAUUCUUGAGUGGACUUCGCGAAGGUGGUCGAAUUGCUGACCAACUCUGUGGAAGUCCUUACGCGCCACCAACGAUGCCAACAACCGUACCUAGUUCAACCGGGGUCUCAUCAUCGAACAAUACGGCGACUACGAACAACAACAACAACAAUAACAGCAAUAGCAAUACGACUGGGACGAGCUCGGCGCCUUAGUAUUUCAAAAACAAAUUUCUAUCGAUCCUUCCACGAUCUCAAUUCGAUCGAUUAAUCGCGUCGUUAAUCGCGCUCGCGUAUCGUCUCUUUAGCAAAAGAUAUUGAUGAGUGAAUAAGACAGAGAGAAAGAGAGGGAGAGAAAGAGAGAGAGAGAAUGAAUGAUAAAGUGAGAUAAAGAGAGAAUCGAGAGCGGCCCUUUUGCAGUACGCAAGCAUCCCUUCGAGAACCUGCCUUGUUCAUUUUCAUUUCUUUUUUUUUUUUCGUCGUCAUCUUGUUCUUCUUGUUCUUGUUCUUCUUCUUCUUUUUCUUCUUCUUCUUCUUCUUCCUCCGGUAUUUUUUUAUUUUUCCUUAUUAUUUCUUUCGAAUAAAAAGGAACACGACCAAGAAGAUCAGCAUUCUUCGAAAUCACUUCGAAAUCACUUCGAAAGCACUUGACUUGUUUUUAUAAGAAACCCAUUAAAGGAUAUGCACAUACACGUAUACUUGAUAACGUGUAGGUAAUAAUUGUAAGAAAAUCUUCUUCAUUCUCGGAACCUUUUUCGCCCUCUCGAUCCUCUCGAUCCCCUUUUCAUCUCGUCGCGUUUAUACAUAUUUUAUACGUACGAAUCCGUGCCUUUAAUGUCCUACAUUAUUACUAUUAUUAUUAUUAUUAUUAUUAUUAUUAUUAUUAUUAUUAUUAUUAUUAUUAUUAUUAUUAUUAUUAAUAUUAAUAUUAAUAUUAUUAUUAAUUAUAUAUGUAUAUAUAUGUAUAUGUAUAUGUACAUGCAUAUGUAUAUAUAUAUAUAUGUAUAUGUAGAACAUAUAAUAAUUCUCGACGCAAUAUUGUAUCAUAACAUUUGAUUAGAUUUUACUCGUGUAAAACGUUCGGUUUUCUCCCCUUUAACGAUAUACCCUUAACAUCAGACACCCUUACCAUACGCUUUGGUAUCGCCAACAUCACCGUAAAUUUUCGCGCUCAUUCGUUCGUUCGAUCGUUCGUUUGUUCGUUUCUUCCUUCGUUCUUUCGUUUUUUCGUUCUUUCGUUCUCAUUAAUUAUAAGUUUCUCGUCGAUCUCGUGGUGUAUUUUAUACAUACAUACAUAUAUAUAUAUAUAUGUAUGUGUGUGAAAGAAAAAAGAAAAAAAAAUGAAAUAAGGGGAAAGAAUUCUCCUUCGAACUUCCUCCUCCUUUAGACACUCUUUUUUGCUUCCACGUCUCGACGCUGGUAAAAUCCUUUGUCGUAGGUGUUCAUGUUCGUCCUUGUACACUCGGACCUGGCCUAUAUAAUGCGUUACGUGAUCAAAUUCGCGGGUUUAGCACCAUUCCAAUUCUCGUAGGAUAAUCUCACUUUUCCCCAACAAUUUUUCUCGGGUGGAGAGGAAAAAGAAAGAGAAAAAAAAGAAAGAAAGAGAGAGAGAGAGAGAGAGAGAGAGAGAGAGAGAGUGUGUGUGUGUGUGUGAAUGGGAGAGAGAGAGAGAGAGAGAGAGAUUACGAAAAAACGUGACAACUUAACACGUGUUCUCACUUCUCACGUAGUUUGCAUGCGUGCAUGCAAGUGAGCGAGCGAUAUACGUCAUGUGUACAUGUAUGUGUACACAUGAGAAAAAAAAAGAAAGAAAUUGUUUAUGUUUAUUGUAUAGCCAAUUGUGAGAUUUAGCAUAAGAAAAUAUGUAAUGAAGAAUCAUACGAAAUCCUAAAUCAA